UUUGUUACUCCCAAAUCUUACCUAUCUUUUUUGGAAGGCUACAAAUCUUUGUAUAAGUCUAAACACAUAUACAUCGCAGAAAUGGCGAAAAAAAUGACAACUGGACUUUCCAAAUUAGUGGAGGCAGCAGCCAGUGUCGAUAUUUUGAAGAAAGAGUUGGAAGUAAAAGAAAUUGAAAUUAAUGAAGCUACAGAGAGAGCAGAAGAGGUUCUAGCGGCCGUGGCAGACACUCAGGCGGCUGCUGAGGUCGUAAAGGCCGAGGUGUUGGAGGUAAAGGAUCGCGCCGUCAAGCUCGUCACUGUCAUCGCAGCGGAGACCGCCGUCGCUGAGGAAAAGCUGGCAGAUGCAAAGCCAGCGCUUGACGCUGCUGAGGCUGCACUACUGACCAUCAAUUCUGCUGACAUCGCAACUGUUAGGAAGCUGGGCAAGCCUCCUCAUCUCAUCACCCUUAUUAUGGAUGCAGUUAUUAUCUUGUUUAGAAAGCGUAUUGAUCCUAUAAAACCAGAUCCUGAGAAACAGUUUUUAACAUCUUCGUGGAGUGAAUCUUUAAAGGUAAUGGCUGAUGUAAGGUUCCUAAACAACUUGAAGAAUUAUCCGAAAGAUGAAAUAAAUGCCGAAAUGAUUGAUCUGUUACAACCUUAUUUUAAAUACAGUCAAUAUACUUUUGAUGCUGCAAAGAUAGCUUGUGGUAAUGUAGCUGGUCUAAUAUCGUGGACAAUCGCUAUGGCACAAUUUUAUGCUGUUAAUAAGGACGUACUGCCACUAAAAGCCAACUUAGCGAUAAUGCAAGGCAAAUACCAGGCAGCUAAAAAAGAACUGGAAGAGGCAGAAGCAGAACUAGAGGAAAAGGAGUGUGAGUUGGCGGAGGUACAGCGGCAGUUCGACGAGGCUAUGGCACUGAAGCAGGUGGUACUGGAUGAAGCCGCUCUAUGCCAACAGAAGAUGGAUGCCGCUUCUGCCCUUAUUAACGGUCUUAGCGGAGAACGCAUCCGAUGGACAGAACAAUCUGCGCUCUUUAAGUCUGAAAUUGAGCGUUUGGUCGGUGAUAUCCUACUACUCAUCGGAUUCUUGUCAUAUUCCGGACCCUUCAAUCAAGAAUUUCGUAAUUUGCUGAUAAGCAAUUGGCUUGGUGAUUUGAUCAAUAGAAAAAUACCUGUGACCAUGAAUUUAAAUAUAACAAGUGAACUUACAGAUAAUGCUACAAUUGGUGAAUGGAACUUAUGCGGAUUACCAACAGACGAACUGUCGAUACAGAACGGUAUUAUUGUAACAAAAGCUGCUCGUUUUCCAUUACUAAUUGAUCCGCAAACACAAGGAAAGAAUUGGAUUAAAAACAUGGAGAAAUUUAACCAAUUAAUUGUCACUACUUUAAACCACAAAUAUUUCAGAAAUCAUGUAGAAGACUGCGUAUCUUUGGGUCUACCAAUGUUGAUAGAAGAUGUUGCUGAAGAGUUAGAUCCAGUUCUGGAUAAUAUACUUGAAAGAAAUUAUAUCAAGAUAGGAUCAUCUUAUAAGGUCAAAUUCGGUGACAAAGAAAUAGAUGUGAUGCUAAGUCAUAAGAUAUAUAUUACAACAAAGCUACCAAAUCCUGCGUAUACACCCGAAGUUUCAGCACGGACGUCAAUCAUAGAUUUUACUGUAACCAUACAAGGUCUAGAAGAUCAGCUAUUAGGUCGUGUGAUCUUAACAGAAAAGGCAGAAUUGGAAGCAGAACGAACUCAACUUAUAAUGGACGUGACGGCCAACCGACGUAAGAUGCAGGAACUGGAGAGUAACUUACUGCAAAAGUUGACCACAAUCGAGGGCUCACUUGUUGAAGAUGUAUCACUUAUCCAAGUACUGAAUGUCACCAAAGCAACUGCUACAGAGGUAAAAGAAAAAUUGGAUAUUGCCAAAGAGACAGAGAUGAAGAUAAACGCGGCUCGCGAGGAGUACCGGCCGGUGGCCACACGUGGCUCUGUCCUGUAUUUCCUCAUUUGCAACAUGUCUCUCGUGUGCAACAUGUACCAGACCUCACUGGCGCAGUUUCUGGAGCUGUUCGAUCUAUCCAUGGAGCGUUCGCCACAGAGCCCCAUUACGAUACGCAGAAUCGGUUUUAUAAUUGACUAUUUGACAUACAACGUGUUUAAAUUCAUCUCCCGAGGUUUCUACGAGAAGCAUAAAUAUUUAUUUACUGUACUAUUGACAUUGAAGAUAGACUUGCAGAGGGAAUAUAUUAUAUUUGAAGAGUUUCAAACUUUCAUUAAAGGUGGCGCUGCGUUAGAUCUUAAUACUUGUCCCCCUAAACCAUAUAAAUGGAUAACCGACAUGUCAUGGCUGAAUUUAGUUCAGCUAUCCAAUCUGCGUCAGUUUACAGAGAUACUCAGCCAAGUUUGUAAUAAUGAGAGAGGAUGGAAGGCUUGGUUUGAUAAGGAAGCGCCAGAAGACGAGCCUUUGCCUGAUGGCUAUAAUACUCUAGACGUGUUCAGAAAGUUGCUGGUGGUGCGCGCCUGGUGUCCUGACAGGACACUCGCACAAAGUUUGAAGUAUGUUGUGAGCUCUAUGGGAGCCCGGUACUCUGAAGCAGUCAUAGUCAAUUAUGAGAAUAUGGUAUUAGAAUCUCGUCCACUGGUUCCCCUGAUUGGAUUUUUGGCCAUGGGCUCGGAUCCAACACCUUCUAUUGAGAUAACUGCUAAGCGCAUGGAGAAUAUUUGUGCAUCCAUAUCAAUGGGCCAAGGUCAAGAGAUUCAUGCAAGAAAACUAAUAGACCGUGGAAUGAAAGAGGGUUUGUGGGUAUUGCUGCAAAACUGUCACUUAGGGUUAGAUUAUAUGACAGAAAUCAUGGAACAAUUUAGUGAACUCGAGAAAAACCCUGAAAAGGUUCAUGAAACUUUUAGACUUUGGAUAACCACGGAGGUGCACCCAAUGUUUCCUAUUACUCUUCUGCAAAUGUCCAUUAAAUAUACGUGUGAACCACCUUCAGGUAUAAAAGCAGGUCUCAUGAGGACCUAUGAUGCGAUGAGUCAGGACUUCCUUGACUACAGCGACAGUCCCUUCUAUUUGCCUUUGAUCUACACCAUCUCAUUCUUACACACGGUGGUGCAAGAGAGACGGAAGUUCGGUCCUCUCGGGUGGAAUAUUCCCUACGAGUUUAAUUCUGCUGACUGGUUGUCCUCUUGUAUGUUUGUGCAAAACCAUUUGGAUUCACUAGAGCAGGGGCAACCUGUUAGCUGGACAACUGUGCGUUAUAUGGUAUCAGCGGUCCAAUACGGCGGGAGAGUGACUGAUGACUACGAUACGCGACUACUGGUAACCUUCUGUAAGGUUUUGUUCUCAGAUCAACUUUUUAACGAUGACUUUCAAUUCUACAAAGGAUAUGGCAUGCUUAAAUUUAAAAAUAUAUCCGAGUACCUUGAGGUUCUUGAGACAAUGAAAACUGUGGAUCCCCCUCAAGUGUACGGCCUGCACACCAACGCAGACAUCACGUACCAGCGUAACACUACUCUGGAACUUGUAGAUACAAUAUUAUCCAUACAACCGAAGGAAGCAAGUGGAGAAGCUGGAGAAACACGCGAGGCCUCGGUAUACAGACAGGCUAAAGAAAUGCUAGACAAAAUCCCACCGAACUUUGAUCCACAUGAAGUAAUAAUCAGGUUAAGAAUGUAUGGGAUACUUAAUUCAAUGGUGAUAUUUUUGAGGCAAGAAAUUGAUAGGAUGCAGAAAGUUAUCAACCUAGUAAGAACGACACUAAAGGACCUGUUGCUCGCUAUUGAUGGAACUAUAAUAAUGAAUGAGGCACUUCGAGAUUCAUUAGACAAUAUUUAUGACGCAAAAGUACCAAAUAUUUGGUUGAAAAGUUCAUGGUCGUCGUCAACAUUAGGCUUUUGGUUUACUGAAUUUUUGGAGAGAACGAUACAAUUUUCAAAUUGGUGCUUUCAAAAUAGACCAAAUUCUUUCUGGAUGACUGGUUUCUUCAACCCUCAAGGAUUUUUGACCGCCAUGCGUCAGGAAGUAACUCGAGCCCACAAAGGCUGGGCUCUUGACAUGGUCACCUUACACAAUGAUGUUACUAAAUUUACUUAUGAAGAAGUAAAGGCUCCACCUCCGGAAGGAAUAUAUGUCCACGGCAUGUACUUAGAUGGCGCAGGUUGGGACCGCCGUAACAUGCGUUUGUGUGAAUCCACUCUAAAGAUAGUGUACACUGCUUUGCCCGUAGUACACGUAUAUGCGAUUAAUUCCACAGCGCCAAAGGACCCGAAACUUUAUCAGUGUCCGGUGUAUAAGAAGCCAGUGCGUACUGAUUUGACUUUCAUAACGCCGCUUUGGUUGCCCACUAUUAAAAACCCGGACCACUGGAUACUAAGAGGAGUUGCUAUGUUGUGUGAUAUCAAGUGAUUUGUUAUAAAAUUGGCAUGGUGCAAUAAUAUUAUUUACCUUUUCGUUAAUAAACUAUGU